AUGGAGGAGCAGACUGUAGUCCUCAUCGUGGGCGCAGGCCCAGCAGGCCUUGCAACGGCAGCAUGCCUCACCCAUCUUAGUAUCCCUUAUGUCAUCGUCGAGCGUGAGGAUUGCAGCGCAUCCCUGUGGCGCAACCGUGCCUAUGACCGCCUCAAGCUACACCUUGCAAAGGAGUUUUGCGAGUUGCCCCACAUGUCGUACCCGGCAGAUGCUCCAACCUACAUUCCAAAGGAUCAGUUCGUGAAGUACCUAGACAAUUACAUCGAGCGUUUCGACAUCCGGCCAAAGUACCAUACAGCCAUCGAGUCAUGCUCAUAUGAUGAAGUUAGAAAGUGUUGGUUUAGCAUGGCACGUGACGUGACAACAUCGGUGGCUGUCAGGUACAUAGCUAGGUUCCUUGUCGUGGCAAGUGGUGAGAACAGUGUGGGGAACAUUCCGGUGAUCCCUGGGCUGCAAAGCUUUGCUGGAGAGGCUAUCCACUCGUCAAGAUACAAAUCAGGUUCCUCCUACUCAGGAAAGAAUGUACUGGUGGUAGGGUGUGGCAACUCUGGAAUGGAGAUCGCCUAUGACCUCGCAUCUCAUGGUGCCAACACAUCCAUUGUUGUUCGCAGCCCGUUACAUGUAGUGACAAAAGAAAUAAUGCGGCUGGGCAUGACUUUGGUCCAACAUACACCAGUGAACAUUGUGGACGACCUUCUUGUGAGGAUGUCGGAUUUUGUGUUUGGAGACCUGUCAAGGCAUGGCGUUGUGAGACCCAAAUUGGGUCCUCUCCUCCUCAAGGCAAAAACUGGUCGAUCAGCUGUGAUUGAUGUUGGGACAGUUGGUUUAAUUAAGAAUGGCACCAUCAAAGUGCUUGGAAAUAUUUCCAAAAUCAAGGGCAACAUAGUUGAAUUUGAAGGCAGGAAAGAAAGCGCUUUCGAUGCCAUUGUUUUUGCAACUGGAUAUAAAAGCACGGCAAAUACGUGGCUCAAGAAUGGUGAGAGCAUGUUAAAUGAUGAUGGAUUGCCAAAGCAAGAAUUCCCAUAUCAUUGGAAGGGUGCAAAUGGGCUCUAUUGUGCGGGUUUGGCAAAGAGAGGCCUAGCUGGCAUUGCCAUGGAUGCCAAGAAUAUUGCCAAUGACAUCUCGUCUAACUACCAUCCUCUAGAAGCAGCGGACGCGUCGGAGUCGGUUGGAGAGUCCGAGCCGCGAAGGGACCCGGUAUCGCCUAGGGUUGCAUGGCAUGGGCUCACCGCAACAAACAGCAGCAUCGAGCCGGCGGCGAAGGUGGAGGGCAAGGCCAAGCCUGCGGCGGCGAGCAGCGUCGAGACGGCGGCGAAGGCGGAGGACAAGCCCAAGCGCAAGCCGGCGGCGAAGGUGGAGGACAAGCCGGAGCCAGCGGUGAUCGCCGCCGGGACCGAGAGGGUGGAUGAAGGUUUCAUCCAGUACCUGCGGACGCGUCCCGUGCGUCGGCUCAGUCCUCUCCCCGAAAUCCUCCGCAAGAACCGCCCCUGGCUUGUAGAGAGUUACCGAGCCGCUGUUGCCAUGAGCAACGAGAUGGAAGACCUGUACGAGGACAUCUUGAGGCAGCACGACGAGAAGGGGUACGCCUUGGUGAGGGUCGAGCGCUUCGACAAUGGCAAGAAGAGGUUGUAUCGUCUCCCCGUGGAAGAAACUGCAUGGGGUUUCGCUGGGGUAUAUGGCUAA